UCUUUGUUAAAUUACUUGAUGAAGAUGGAUGCCUGCCUUUUUCUUAUUUAUAUAUUUCUGAUACUGAUGCCUAUUCCACAUCUCUCUCAUCCACCCUCUUCUUCUAGAGCUUAGCUAGAUAUAGCUUGUACCCUUGCAUCAGUGUUCUUCCUCGCUCUUCCAUGCAUAUAUACAUGCACCCUACAUCUCUCUUCCCCCCUCUCUCUUCCUUCUCUCUUUCAUGGAUCCAGUUUUACCUCUCAAUUCACAUCAUCCUCAAAUCACUGCUCUGGCAAAACCACAAGCUUGUGAUCUUGCACUGAAGCUAAUUGAGGAGAAUUUCGGUGCACGUGCAUACAUAGGCAAGAAUUCGCCGUCGAUCUAUAGGCGUCGGCGAUGGCUGCGUACUUCCACGGCGGCGCCGGCACGGACAUCCAGGCCAGCACCGAUGGCCUACAAACACUGUACCUCAUGAACCCGAGCUACGCCGGCUACGCUGACGCCAGCACGCACACGCCGGCCGCGGCCAACAUGAUGCUCCUCAACUCGACGGUGAGCACCAUGACCCCUGCGUCAUUCGGCCACCAGCAGUCGCCGUCGGCGGCUCAGCACUUCGUCGGCAUCCCUCUCCAGGCGCCGCCGUCGGGCUACAACCUGUGGACCCCGGCCACGACCGGCGCCGCGGACAUGUCGCCGCCGCAGCAGACUCCCGGCACGGCGGGGGUCAGUGCUGUCCUCAGCCUGUCGUCGCGCGAGGCGCCGCCGGUCACGGUGGCUGCCGUGGCCGGCGACGAGGGGAAGUACCUUGGGGCGUCGGCGACGUCGCCGGGGCAGAUGGUGAUGAGCUCCAAGUACCUCAAGGCGGCGCAGGAGCUGCUGGACGAGGUGGUGAGCGUCAGCAAGGGUGUGGAGGACGCCAAGACCUCGGCGGCGGCGAAGAGCAUGGCAGCAGUGAAGAAGAAGGAGGACUCGGAAGGCAUGUCCGGUGGCGGCACGGAGGACGGUGGCGGGGCGAAGAGCGGUGCCGCCGCGGAAUUGUCGACGGCGGAGCGGCAGGAGCUGCAGAUGAAGAAAAGCAAGCUUAUCAACAUGCUUGACGAGGUGGAGCAGCGGUACCGGCAGUACCACGGGCAGAUGCAGGCGGUGUCGUCGUCGUUCGAGGCGGCGGCGGGCGCCGGGUCGGCGCGGACGUACACGGCGCUGGCGCUGCGCACCAUCUCGCGGCAGUUCCGGUGCCUGCGGGACGCGAUCGCGGCGCAGGUGCGCGCGGCGAGCCGGGCGCUCGGGGAGGACGCGGACGCCGCGGCGGGCGGCCGCACGGUUGGGUCGCGGCUGCGGUACAUCGACCACCAGCUCCGGCAGCAGCGCGCGCUGCAGCAGCUCGGCAUGAUGCAGGGCGGCGCGUGGCGCCCCCAGCGCGGCCUCCCCGAGCGGUCCGUCUCCAUCCUCCGCGCCUGGCUCUUCGAGCACUUCCUGCACCCAUACCCCAAGGAUUCGGACAAGAUCAUGCUCGCCAAGCAAACCGGCCUCAGCAGGAGCCAGGUGUCGAACUGGUUCAUCAACGCGAGGGUGCGUCUGUGGAAGCCCAUGGUGGAGGAGAUGUACCUGGAGGAGACCAAGAACCAGGAGGGCGGCGGCGGCGGCGGCAACGGCGAGGGGAAGCCCGGCGGUGGAAGCAAGAGUGGCGAUACGAACAAUAGCGUCGACGGCGUCACUCCGAGGGCGGGCGGCGGCGCCGCCAUGUCGAAGGCGGCGGUGCGCGUGGCAGGCGGCACGGCGGAGAGUGCGUCCACCAAGGGCGUCAGCGGCGUCCAUGGUUCCUCCCUGCUCGAGCUCGCCAGGGACCAGCAGACGGCGCACGGGGGGUUCUACGAUGAUGAGGAUGACGAGGAGGAUGACGGCAGUGGCGGCGCCGCCGCGAUGCAGCGUAGGUUCAAGAAGGCGAGGGGCGACGAGUCGGCGGCGGCCGCGGCAGGGUCGUUCCACCACCACCACCACGUGCACGACAUGGCCGCACUGCACGCGCAGGCCGCGGCGGCCGCGAGGCAGCAGCACGAGGAGGUGAACCACCGGGAGCUACUCAUGAAGUUCAUGGAGAGCGGGGGCGGCGCGGGCGCCAGGGACCACCACCACAACGACGGCGGCGGGUACUCGCUGUUCGCGCCGGCUCCGUACGGGCAGUUCGGCUCGGAUCAGACGUUCGCGUUCGCCGGGAACGGCGGGGUGUCGCUGACGCUCGGGCUCCCGCACGGCGCUGCAGCCGGCGAGCAGACGGCGUCGUUCCUCAUGGGCGGCAGCACCGCCGGCGACAGCGCCAGCCACGGCGCCGCCGGUGGCUACGACAUGAACAUGCAGAGCACCAAGUCCUUCGCGGCUCAGCUCAUGAGGGACUUCGUGGCAUAGUAGCAUAGCAGUCCAUGCAAUUAAUCAGUCCAUCAAUCCAUUAAUCAAUUUAGGGCUUGUAUAGAAAUAAAGGGCUCAAGCCUAAACAUGCUUACAUAUAUAAGUAGUUAAGCUUGGCCCAUAGGUUUUGGGAAUGUAAAAAUGGGAUCAUGGGGCAAUGUAUAUAGGUAUAGAAUGGUAGUUAACUAGUUAUACCCAAAACAUUGUACAAGAUUUUAUAUACAGGGAUUGGGGGGUAUACCGUAUGUUAAAGGGUAUAUGGAAUUGAGACAUGGAAUUGUAUCUUUGUAUGUGGUAGUUGGUCAAUUAGUAUUCAGUAAUUUAGUAUUGGUUUUGGUUACUGUUAUGAUAGUAUGUAAUACUAGCACAUUGCAACUCAAUGGUAGUACCAUGUCAUACUAUUGAUGUA